AGGGGAUGGCUGCCCGGGUGCGCGCUGUUGUCUGAGCUCCAGCACGAUAUUCUGAACACAGAUGGAGCGUGCGAGAAUUACAUUGAUGCACACUGUCCAAGGGGCUUAGAGACUAUCAAAUAACGGACAGCAGGACAAAAUCUCAGUGCACAUCUGCAUCAGCGCGCUGCAUGCGUGGACGUUGGAAAAGACCACCGAUUGAAAACCAUUUGAAUAAUCAGAUUGAAGCUGAAUGCUGUUCAUUUAGUGCAACAUCUAGAACUGCCUGCAGAAAUGUACAUUCCAGAGAGGAACUGAACUGGGUGUCUAUAUUUCCGAAAGCUGUCCUGUGCUAGUUUUAUUACGAAUAAAACCAGAUGAAGUGUUGUGCAUCUUAAAGGGCAUUUUGGAGUUACAUUUCUGUUGCAGCCAGCUGUGAGGUUUCGUUGCCAAGGGAACACAGACACCUUCUCUACAGUGUUCGGCUCACCCUUGCUGAGCAGUCACACUGGUCAAGAUCUCCAAAAAGCAACUUAAAAACAAAAGAGGGAGAGAAAGAGUAAGAUAUGUAUGAAAGCUUGCCUUGAAUUAAGAUGAGCAGCUGUAGACAGCUGGAUGUCAGCAUGACUCUGAUCCUGAUGUGCUGCACCCUCUCUGACUGACAGGUCUCUCUGGCAGCAAACUGGCAAAAAAAAGAAAGAGCUCACACAGGGGAACCAGCACCAGCAUUCCAGAGAUUAUAUAUUUGGAGAUUACAGGACAACUGCAGGUCAGGACACACUGCCUCGUUGAUAUCAGAGUUCCCCACCCAAUCCACCUCACCAAUUCAGUUAAAAGCUCUCAUUGUGAAAUUGACUUCAGGACUGCAACGGAACAGGCAUGUGUAUGUACUCUGCUGCUAUCUUUCCUGCUCAUCGAUGCUAGACAGAUGCCAUGUUAGAAGAAAAUCUGAUGGAGUGCUGACCUUUCUGGAGGUAUUUUUUAAAUCCAGCUCCUUGCAGGUCAUAACUUUCUAAGCUGUUUCUCUCCCGAGACCACCCAGAUCCUUUUUUUGUGUUUGAAUCAUUAGAUCCAUUUCUUCAAAUGUUUUUAUUGAGUAAAUUUUUAUUAUGCAGGGAGCUGGAAAGGGUCAAAGUGGUCAAACUAUCAAACAUACUUUUUUGACUGUCAAAUAUCCAAGAUUGGAACUUUCAGAGUGCAAAGUGUAACUGUUGGAACCGGAGGGCAGUUUAAUGCCAGCUAUGCAAAGACAAAGAGUUAAUUUAUCUGCAAACAGUUUCCAUUGAAGACACUGUAAAGAUGGGGACAAGCGCACUAAAGAGAGAACACUAAAGGCUGAAUACCUACAGGAUACGUAACUACAGAAGAUCAUAAAGAAUAUUUGGAAAGGUUUUAGGAUGUACAUUUGAGCUUUUUUUUUAAGUUUUUUUUAAUUACAAGCCAUCAAGAAAACUCCACCCUUUUCCUCCAGUGUCUACAGAGUUUCAUCUUACCAAAAUUGCUAGCUAGACGGAGUGUACAGACGCAGACAAACAGGAUUACAGAGACACGCUCCAACAAACCUCGACUCAUACAGAACCGUAAUGGCACAGACACAAAUGACUGCCUUGCUUGUCUGGCACUGAGAUGUCAAAACCACAGAGUGGGCUAUUCCUCCAACUGUCUCUGCGUGGAGAGUAGAACGCAUCACACAAACGCCUACAAGCAGACAGAAUUUUAGAGGUGAAAGACUGGUGUGUUUGAACUGUGGUUAUACAGACAGUUUCAAGGCAAGCAGAAAGAGAGAUCUGGUGGUGAUCCCAUUGUGUUGCAUGGAGAGAACAAAAAUUGAACGGUAAAAAGAUCCACAGCAGACUAAUGACACAUUGAAAGGAGUAGACUGACAUACGGAAAGAGCAUUUUACACACCAGUUUUUGUGUGAUUUCACAGACAGAGUGAGUCGUUUUGUUUAUCUUGUUGCCCUAGUACACUGAUUAGUACUGAGUCAGGACUGAGCACGGUGGCAGGUGCCGGUUUAUGGCAGUGGGGCGGGCACAUGCCGUCUGUGCCUCAGCAGCGAGAGGGACGCUUGGGGUUUGGCUGGGUUUGGGGCUGGGCUGCGUGGGUGGGAACUCAAAGGAUGUCACCUGGAGCUGGAGCUGGAGCUACGGCUGCGGGAGAACGAGGAGCCCGGCGAUGCUCCCUGCGGGUCUGUGUGCUCUUGGGAUCCCUGGCACUCCUCUUUCUUACCUCACUCUUCUUCUCCUUUUCGCUGAGAGGAGGUGCCACCCUGCCUUACCUUGAACCCCCAGCAUGGGAAGAAUCCCACAGGGUUAAACUAGUGCCCAGCUAUGCUGGUUCCCACCGGGUGAUCCCUCCAGAGAGCACCCAACAGAAGACAUGCGCCUGUGCUCGGUGUGUGGGCGACCCGGGCGUCUCCGACUGGUUCGAUGAGAACUAUGACCCAGAUGUCUCACCCGUGUGGACACGGGACAACAUUCGGCUGCCUUCAGAUGUAUAUUACUGGUGGGUGAUGUUGCAGCCUCAAUUCAAACCCCACAAUAUCCAGCAAGUUCUACAGAAGCUAUUCCAAGUAAUUCCAGGCCGUUCCCCUUAUGGUUCAUGGGACCCUGGCCGCUGUCUACGUUGUGCUGUUGUGGGGAACUCGGGCAACCUCCGUGAGGCAGGUUACGGUCCAAUGAUUGAUGGCCAUGACUUCAUCAUGAGGAUGAACCUGGCACCCACUGUAGGCUAUGAAGAGGAUGCAGGCAGCCGAACCACACACCACUUCAUGUACCCAGAGAGUGCCAAGAACCUGGCGGCUAAUGUUAGCUUUGUGCUGGUGCCUUUCAAGACUCUUGACCUGUUGUGGAUCACCAGUGCACUCUCCACCGGCCAGAUCCGCUUUACUUAUGCUCCAGUGAAGCAGUUUCUGCGUGUGGACAAAGACAAGGUGCAGAUCUUCAAUCCGGCUUUCUUUAAAUACAUCCAUGACCGGUGGACACGUCAUCAUGGACGCUACCCAUCCACUGGCAUGCUAGUCUUGUUCUUUGCUCUACAUGUGUGUGAUGAGGUGAAUGUAUUUGGUUUUGGGUCGGACAGCCGGGGAAACUGGCAUCACUAUUGGGAGCAGAACAGGUAUUCUGGAGAGUUCCGUAAAACCGGUGUCCAUGAUGCAGACUAUGAAGCCCAGAUCAUCGACAAGCUUGCCAAGGCAGGCAAGAUCUCAGUCUUUCCUGGAAAAUUAAUAUAGGUACCAGUUGCGAAGAGAUGGACCAGAUGAUGGACUAAAACAUACAAAACCACCUAUUAUUCACUAAACACGCUUGGUGUGACUGUUCAAAGUGAUCAAGAAGUGAUUUAUCAUGAUGUUAUUACCAUUCUGGGCUGUCACGAUUGUACAGUAUUCUGGGCAGCAUCCCCCAUGAUGUGGUGGUUUUGAAAGGAGAUACUAGUAAUUUGCGCUGUUCCUUGCAGGCCUACCUCAACCAGGAAAAGGAACUCGACUAGCAAGGGACACCGAUAUCUCCUCACCACUAAAGAGCAUGUUAGGUUGAAAUUAACCAGCAAUCACCAUAGUGUAUCAUAGUACUCUUGUAAUCCUCUGUGAUUCAUUCAUUAAAAGCUUGGACACAGUGGUGGGUUGUUUCACUUCCGUUAUAACGCUCCACAGCAGUUAAUUCCUCAUGUCACCAGGCGCAUGUGGCUGAGUGGAAGUUUACAUGUUACUACUGUUAAACUGAGCUUUUAGUCUUAUUGAAUAUUUUACGCUUCAGUUGUUCGUGUUUAUGGGACGAUCAUGCUAACGGUUUGCGAUGACCCUGCAUCACUGUGCUCGCAGCAAUCUCAACUUUCUUUUUGUUUGGAUAAUUAUUGCUAAUUAAUGUUGAGCCUCCGAUUGAUUUAGUAGAGGAGGAUGGGCUGAUGUUAACAUAACUGAACCACUGACAUAGUCCAAUAUGAACACAUGAGCAAUAUAUAUGAAAUAUACUGUAUGUGGCAUACAUUUAGAAAUAUUCAGAAUGAUAAUCAAGCUGUGGUGAUUGUUUUAGAGAUGCACUGUGAACAGUGGUAGAGCUACAAUAUUAAGCUACUCUUGUAAAGCAAAAUGUAACAAUGUUAAAAUGCUGCCACGAAGGGUUUAGUGAUGGACAACAUGAAUUGUAUAUGGCAAAAGCAUUGGAUGUAGAUUAAUCCAAUAGAUUUCAUCUGUGAAGCCCAGUGCAUUACGAUCAGGGCAACUUAUGAGUCUCAUCCUGCUACGUCAUGUAUCGCCAUGUGAAAUUCAUGGGUGUACUUGUUUUCUUGAAAGCCUAUAGUAUAUUUAACUCUUGACACUCCUUUGCUGCUCUUUAGCCAUUUAGGUCAAGGUAACCUUUUGACAUUUCUGCACAAGGUUUUGAUUUCUCUUGUAUCAUUUGUAGAAGUUGAAGAUUUGUACAGAUUUGUAGAAGUUGAAGAGAACUGCGAGAACACCAAGAUCUAGGCCCAGUUUUUACAUUCAGGUGCCAUAAUUCUUUUUCCAAUGUAGACAUAUCAGCUUUUUCAGUGUGUAAAUGCACACACACACACACACGCUUACGUGCCUUGUCCUUGCUUCUGGACACAUCCUCUCUCCAGAGCACAGCUAACCUUAGAACAUGCAUAAACACAUGCUAUUGUUUCUUUUCCCCUUUAGUCUUCUUACCAAGCUUUAAUUGAUGCAGAUUCACGCACACACAAAUCUGGGCUAUAAACUAGGGCACAGAUAGUCCGCCCACCAGCUGUCCUCCUACCCACACAUGCUCUGGGAACAUAAUUCAGAGAUUCUCCUGGGUGCCACCAUCUCAUCCUCAUGUCUGUUCUACUUAGUACUAAGCUGAGUGUCGUGCCUUUGGGAUCAGGGAGGGAAAAGCUCUCCUGAAGACCUUCUCUGCUUUUGAUUUUAGAGCUACCUACUUGCAUUUGCUGUUGCAGAAAGUCUACUGUAAUCCGUAGAAAAUCCAGACCUGUGGCUACACAAUGGAGUCAAUAAUGUUAAGAUUUUUAUACGCGUAGUUGUCUUUUGAAGGUUACUGGAUACUGGAUGAACCCGAACUGUGCAGUUAAGCCUGCAGUGACUUUAUUAUAUUUAAGCCUAUUCUGGAGGAUUUCUAUUGGAUUUUUCAGUUUAAUUCUAAUGUUAUGGAUACAUAGGAUGGCUGCCCUCUUCUUGGUAGAUUAUUGAGUUGUGCAGUUUGUCACCAAAGAGUUUUAUCACAUUACAAAUCUUAUUUGUAUUGUUAGACAUUUAGAUGGUGUUUGCUAAAUUUGGAUCAAUGACAAUUAGUUGGAUCUUGGUCUUUUACUUGAAGGUUCUCCAUGUACCUUGCUUUUAAAGUAUUCAGUUGUAUAAAUUGGCUUGAAGGGCUUUUGUUUCUUGGUACUGUGCCACAAGAAGACCAUACUGCAGAAUGAUAUUCAGGAAGACCUCAAACAUUUUCUGAAAUACAACUUAAUGUCCACCUUCUUUGUUCUCUCUGUUUAAUAAGAUUUGUGGUCAAAUUAUGUGACCUCUUCCAUAUAGGCAAAAUUAAUUACUUUGUCCUUUGUGGAUCAAUAUUGUAAUGUUGAAAGAGCGUAGGACGUUUUGUAUACCUUUCAUUGAAUCGUUUGUUUGAGUAAAUUAUUGGUUGGCUUUGGGAUCACAUAAAUCCCCUUCAGAAUACAGAUAUGCAAUAGAUUGAGUGAUGCUUGUUUUAGGUAAACAAAGAAAAAGAGUGAUUAAAUUCAAAAUUAGGUAGUAGUAUUUAGAUCUCCCUUUUGAACAGAACUGCACUAACUACUAAUAAUCUUGAAAACUGCACCAUCAAACAAAGCUGUAAUCCCUCAAUACAGACUGUACAAAUCUUCACUGUGCCACUGUGUAUGCUCUCAUUAACUUCUCUUUAAUGUUGUAGUGACUAUUGGGUCAGUGUUCUUUCUUUUCAUUAUCUCUAUAA